UAGGCCAUAUAUAAAGAAGGUGCAAGUUUAAGAACUUGUCUAUCUAAUAACAUUGUACAAUGAGGACGGUUCUAGCUCUUCUCUGUUUGGCCGUAUACUGCGCCGCCCAGCAACCCGUACCAUGCAAGUCACCUGAGCAAUGGGAGGGGCGCAUAUACAGGAGCGACAGAUCGAAAGACUUUGCCGAGAUUGGCAGGGUGAGCUAUGACGAAACCAACAGAAGAGUAAGAAUUAUUGAGGAGGUAGAAAUUGGCACGACCAGAGAUUACUACGACACCCUUUACCUUCAUAACAUCAAUAGAGAAUACAAAUUCAACUUCAAGACCAAACAGUGUAACGUUACUAUGUUGACGAGACCAUUCAGACCUUUUGGAGUCCCACCAUUUGCUAAAUUCUUGUUCGAAGCCGAGGUCGGCGCAGCUGGUGUUCCUGGAGAGUCCCUCAUUGCUCAAACCUGGGAUGGUGAAUUCGAGGACAAAUCACGAUUCAUUACAACUGUUACAUACCCAGACUGUGUACCACUUAACUCAGGAUUUUACUCUAACGAUACUGGUUUCGUUCAAUCCGAUUUCUUUGACAUCAGCCUCGGUAUUUCUGAUCCAAUGGCAUUUAUCCCACCACAAGAGUGUAACACAAAAUAAAUAUCAAUAUCAAUUUGUUAAUAAUAUUCAUUUAAUAUGCAUUAUUUUGUGUUUAUACUUAAAAUAGUAUAUUAAUAAAAAAUAAACAUUU